AUGUCAGAUUCGGGGAAGUUACACUUCUUCCUCGGUGUUAAAGCGGAGUUUAUCAAUGGUGGCAUCUUUCUAAGUCAGAAAGCAUACGCAACAUACAUCAUUCAGCGUGCAGGCAUGCGAGACUGUAAACCCAUAUCUACUCCUGUUGACUUAAACGCCAAGCUAAAGGCUGAUGAAGGUGAACGAAUACCAGACCCAACUCAAUAUCGCAAACUGGCUGGAGCUCUGCAGUAUUUGACAUUCACUCGCCCACACACCGCAUAUGCCGUUCAUCAAAUAUGCCUUUAUAUGCAUGAUCCCAGACUUCCUCAUUUUCAAGCUUUGAAACACUGGGCUGGCUGUCCUGAUACUCGACGCUCCACUUCAGGAUAUUGCGUGUUCUUAGGCUCUAAUCUGGUUUCGUGGUCUUCAAAACGACCACCCACAGUCUCACGCGCAAGCGCAGAGUCUGAGUAUAAAGGUAUCGCCAAUGCAGUGGCGGAACUAACUUGGAUUCAAAAUCUUCUGUUUUAA